AUGUCGUUCCUUUACCUUGUGGCCCUCUUCGUGGUCAGCAUCUGUUCGGUGACCGCUCAGACAUGGACAUCGUGCAACCCUCUGGAGACGACCUGUCCGCCCGAUCAAGCCCUGGGUAUGAACACUACAUUCACUUUCAACAAGACUCUCGACGAUACCAUCUGGAACAUCACCAAUGGAGCCCUGUCGCACACCGACGAAGGAACCCAAUUUACCAUCACAGGAGAAAACCAAGCGCCCACGAUGCAGUCAAACUUUUACAUCUUCUUCGGUAUUGUCGAGUCCCACGUCAAGAUGGCCAAGGGCGCCGGUAUUAUCAGCAGUAUCGUGCUGCAGUCGAACGACCUGGAUGAGAUUGACUGGGAAUGGGUGGGUUACAACACCAGCGAGGUCCAGUCCAACUAUUUCGGCAAGGGUAACAAUGAGACCUUCGACCGCGGCGGCUAUCACUAUGUCCCCAAUGCCGACACGGAAUUCCACAACUACACCACUUACUGGAGUAAAGAGAAGCUGGAGUGGUGGAUUGACGGCAAUCUCGUCCGGACCUUGACAUACGAAGACUCCCAGGGGGCCGGCCAGUAUUACCCGCAGACUCCUUGCAACCUGCGUUAUGGCAUCUGGCCUGCCGGUAUCAAGGGGAAUGCGCAGGGCACCAUCGAAUGGGCCGGUGGUAUGGUGGACUACUCGAAAGCCCCUUUUACCAUGGUCCUCCAGAGCGUCCGGGUGCAUGAUUUCCACACCGGCAAGGAGUACAACUACACCGAUCACUCUGGAUCCUGGCAGAGCAUCGAUGUCAUCACGGGCAACUCCACCGUCGCCAAUGCCAUCCAAAACCCACCGAAAUCCUUGUCCGAGAAGUGGGCCGAACUCCCGGCAGGUGCCAAGGCCGGUCGCAAGAAGGGCCGUCUCGAACACGCACUCGAGGAUGCCAAGUGGGCCAAUGAACGCACCGAAAUGAGCACUUUCCAGAAUGAUUGGAAGCAGAGCGAGUGGAAACACAAGGGAUACCAGCCGGUCAAUUAG